CCUUGCAUUUCCUCCUUUUGAUGACUUUGCUUUUUACAAGCGUACGACGGAGUAAAAAGCUUUUCAAUGGUGGAGGUGGAGGAGGAGACCGGAAAAGCAUUUCCCUUUUUGUUUUCUUGUUUGAAUUUCUUCCCCUUUCCCCCUCUCUCCCUCCAAUGGCUAUGAACUUCUUGGGUCGCCAUUAAUGAACCUUCAUAUAUCUCCACUCACCAUGAUGCCCUUUUCCUCCCCUGUUUCCGCUGGCGGUUUAGUAGUGCUGCUACUGUGCUGCACCCUCACUCCUUCCGCCGCCGCCGCUCGCCUUCACCGGCGGGUCCUCCACCAGCCUCUCUCGUACCCACUUGAUUCGGCGGCGACUCCGGCGCCGCUUCCCGCCCCCUCCGCCGACAGUAUCUCGCAGCCUCCCUCCGCGUCUGCGUCUCCUCCCCUACGGCAGCCUCGGCUACAUCAUGGUCACCCCAAGUACCCUUUUUCGUCGCAGUCGCCGCCUGGCACGCCGUUGCAACCUGUCCCUUUUUUUCCGACAAUCUCCACUCCACCGCCGCCGGAAGACGCCGGAACCCCUUCGUUUCCGGCCAACAUUUCUUCCCUUGUUCUUCCUCGGUCUUCUUCCUCAAACUCGGGUAGACCCAUCUCCCGGAAACUCAUAGCUCUUAUCGUCGCCGUCGCUCUUGUCUUCGUCGCCCUUCUCACUUCGCUGGCCGCUUUUCUCCUCAAUCAUCGCGACCGCGACAAAACCUACAGCCGCCACAGAACCGACAACCUCCGCCUCGUACCGCCCAAUACCACUCUCUCCGACGCAGUUUUGGGAGAUGCCAAGAAGAAAUCGCCACCUCCGCCUCCGCCGCUGCUGCCUCGCUACCAACCCAACGCCGCCUCCACUAGCUCCGAGUUUCUUUACCUCGGCACACUCUUUAGCUCGCGGGAAUUGAACGAAGGCGCCGCCCAAAAUCAACCAUCUACGACACCCGUCAGCGUGGUCCCGUCGAACGGCCAGUUGCCGGGUUCGCCGGAGCUCCGCCCACUUCCUCCGCUUCCGCGCCCACACUUCCUACAGACUCACAGGAAAUCAGGCGAGGUAGAUGACGAGGAUGAAUUCUUCUCUCCCGGAAAUAGCCCCAACCGCAACAGUUCCGGCUCCCGGCGAGCUUCCAAUGUACCGGUCCAAGUUCCGACUAGCUUUCCCUUUUCGAAUUCAAGCUCUCCUACGGCUUCUCUGUCGGCUAGUCCCACCCUGACCAUGGAGUUGAACUUGAGCCCUAGAAGCUUGAGAUCCAAAUCGCCAGAUUCACUGGCACACUUUCCGGCCCCGCGCCUUAUAAUGAAUCCACCACCAACAGUUCCGGUGGCUUCUCUUUCUUCCGGCGACACCCAUAAUUCCACAAGUAGAGCUUCAGAUUCCUCCGCGCAGGUUUCAGAGACCCAACUAGCCGAUUCCAGGUGGCAUGACUCAGUCAGAGUCCCCACACCACCACCUCCACCGCCUCCACCAAGAAAAUUGGAGCCUCCGGUGACGGAGAUGGGGGGACCACCUGUGCUCGUCGCGCCAUCGAGACCAGUAGUAAGCAAGAAUGUGAAUGAAGACGCGCCGAAGCCCAAGCUAAAGCCUUUGCAUUGGGAUAAAGUCAAGUCCAGCUCCGAUAGAGUCAUGGUUUGGGAUCAACUGAAAUCUUCCAGCAACUCUUUCCAGUUAAAUGAAGAUAUGAUCGAGUCAUUGUUCAUAGUCAAUCCAUCAUCAAAUCCCUACCCAAAGCACACGUCUGUGCAGGAAAACAGAGUGCUUGAUCCAAAGAAGUCUCAGAACAUUGCGAUUUUGUUAAGGGCACUUUACAUUACAGUUGAGGAAGUUUGUGAAGCUCUUGUUGAAGGAAAUGCAGACAGCUUGGGAGCAGAAUUACUUGAGAGCUUAUUGAAGAUGGCCCCGACCAAGGAAGAAGAACGUAAGCUAAUGGAGUUUAAAGAUGAAUCGCCCUCCAAACUAUGCUCUGCGGAAAAGUUUCUCAAGGCAGUUCUUGACAUACCAUUUGCAUUUAGAAGGGUGGAUGCCAUGCUUUACAUCGCCAAUUUUGAUUCUGAUGUUGAGUACCUUAAGAGAUCAUUUGAGACACUUGAGGUUGCAUGUCAAGAGUUGAGGAAGAGCAGAAUGUUCAAGAAACUUCUAGAAGCUGUACUAAAAACUGGGAAUCGCAUGAACGUUGGAACGAAUCGAGGAGAUGCCCGUGCGUUCAAACUCGACACACUAUUAAAGCUUGCGGAUGUGAAGGGCACCGAUGGGAAAACCACACUUCUGCAUUUUGUUGUGCAGGAAAUAGUAAGAGCAGAAGGCUCUCGUCUCUCUGGUCUGAAACCAGAUGCAGAGAAGCAGCAAUUCGUCAUACAGGAGGAAGUCGAGCUCAGAAAGGCUGGCCUUCAAGUUGUUUCUGGACUGAGCGGAGAGCUAAUCAAUGUCAAGAAAGCUGCUGGUAUGGACUCGGAUGUCCUCAUCAAUGAAGUUGCAAAGCUAGCUGAUGGAGUUUCCAAGAUUACCCAAGUAGUGAAACUGAACGAAGGAGGGAAAAACAAGAGUUUUUCAGACUCGAUGAACGCGUUUCUGAAGAAAGCCAAAGUGGAGAUCAUAAAGAUUCAAGCUCAAGAAGAUGUGGCCAUGUGCAUGGUGAAGGAAGUGACUGAGUACUUCCACGGCGACUUGGCCAAGGAAGAAGCUCGCCCCUUGCGUGUUUUCAUGGUGGUUAAGGACUUCCUGUGUGUGCUUGAUCAGGUGUGCAAAGAUGUUGGGAAGAUAAACGAACGAACCAUAGUCAGCUCUGGACGACAGUUCCCCAUAAUGCCCCCCCUUAAUGUGCCGGUUUUCCCAGAGUAUGUGGACAACAACAAACAGAGAGACACUUCUUCGUCUUCGGAUGAUGAUAGCUCUUCCUCAACUGUCUAGUUUUGGCAAUCUUUGUUUUUCGCUGGAUUUCCACUGUAUAGUUCAAGCUGCUGUACCGGUCAAAUUUGGGGUUUCCCUUGGAUGCAUCAAUUUAAAACUCUGUUUUUUGCAUGCUCUAUGAUAGGCAAAAAUUUCAAUGCAGUGUAUGUAAUGAGUUUUUAGUUUUUAAUUCACCAAGAGAAGCCAACUUGGAAACAUUCACCCAUAUAUAUGACCAUAUGGGUAUUUUGCAAGGCACUGUAUGACAUUAAAAUGUUUCUUAUAUA